AUGGAUGCAUGGCUUGCUGAUCUUUAUUCAGUUGGUUAUUCAUUUCCAUCAGUUGUUCUAUCAUCUUCAUCUUCUAUAAUACAAAAGCGAGCAGCUAUAUAUGUAACUGGUCUUGCUGAAUUAUUUUUAUAUAUUUUUACUGCUUUCUUUUUGUUCAAUUUAACUAUUUCUAAACAACAAGAAAAUUUAUUUGAUCAAUCAAAAAGAUUAACUCAUGCUAUUAUACAUGGUGAAGUACAUGGUAAUGGUACUUUACCAAUAGAAGAUAAAAAUUCUUAUUUACUUGUUGAACUUCGUCUUUCACGUGAUGAUCGACCACGAUCAAUUGCUAGAAAUAAAAUAAAAUUUAAUAAUAAUAAUAAUAAUAAUAAUAAUAAUAAUAUUACAACACAAUCAUUUACAUUACAAUUUAAACUUAAAUAUCCAUUAUCAAAAAUUAGUCCACAUAAUUCUUAUAUACUUUCAGCUAAAAUUCUAAAUAGUCAAAAUAAAUUAAUAUAUAUUGGUGAUCUUCAUGUACCAAUUACUGAACGAAAAAAUGAACAAGCAAAAUAUUUAGUUAUUAAUGUUAUUAAAACUCCUUCAUGGUAUAAUAAUAUUGAUAAAUUAAGUUUAUUAGCUUAUAAAGUUACACAAUGGGGAGGUACUGAAGAGGCAUUUACAAGUGAAUUAUAUACAAAUAAAAAAUCAGGUAUUUAUACAUGUGUCGUAUGCAAUUCAACUUUAUUUAGUUCAAAACAUAAAUACAAUAGUGGUACAGGUUGGCCAUCAUUCUAUCAAGUAGCUAUUGAAGGAAAUGUUGCAACAAAUAUUGAUAGAAAAUAUGGAAUGACUCGAACAGAAGUUCAUUGUGCAAAAUGUAAAGCUCAUUUGGGUCAUGUAUUUGAUGAUGGUCCUCAACCAACUUAUAUGCGUUAUUGUAUCAACGGAGUAGCUUUACAAUUUUAUUCUGAUGAGAAUGAAAUGAAAUAG